AUGGAGAAAUAUAUUCUUAGCCCCGAGAUGGUGUGGAACAAAGAUGGGAAGGCAGUCGGUCAUCAGUUCAAAGAUAUCGAAGUUUAUGGUGGAAAAACUCACUUUGGCGAUUGCUACAAUUACCAUACCUACCAUCAAUACACCUCUGGGGAUCCCCAAAAAGAACUAAACAAGGAAAUUGAAGCCUAUCGGAAUGUGCUAUUCCUUACUGAUCCAAUCGGCGAUCUGGAGAGUCUGAAAAGCACUAAAGGCAAAAGAACGGAAGGCACUUGCGAAUGGAUCAGAGACAAUGAACAUUAUAAAGCUUGGCUUUACGGCGAGACACAAUGUCUAUCAGUCUGUGGUGGGCCUGGUAAAGGAAAAACAAUGCUCUCCAUCUUCCUGACGGAGGAGCUUGAGAGGCACACCAAGACAAUGGGAUCCACGGAGCUGCUGUUCUACUUUUGCAGUCAUCGAGGCGAGAAUUAUAACAGCGCUGUGACUAUUCUCAGGAGCCUGAUAUACCAACUGCUUCCGAAGUGUCGUGACUUUUUCACGUCUGUCUCGUCAUACUUUGAAAGCCCGGAGAGAACCAAAAUGGCAUUGGCGUCGGCGGACACUCUCUGGGUUAUCUUGAGAACUCUGAUACAAUCUAAAUCCAGCACAACCUAUUGCGUACUCGACGGCUUCGAUAAUUGCGACUAUGAGUCAUCAAGACUACUCACUACCAAGUUUGGCGACUUCUUUUUAUCGGUGUACUCCAAUCGACUCAAGUUGGUGAUCGUUAGUCGGAAGAUGGCUGGGCUGGAAAAUUUUCCCCAGUUGAAGCUGGAUCCUGACAACGAUGAACUUUUAAGCGGCGAUAUUCAACGGUUCAUUUCCGCUAGUGUCCAUGCACUGGAAAGAAUACCGGGGUUCAACGAUAUUCGCCAGAAUGUCGAAGCUACCCUUCUAGAACGAGCCCAAGGCACUUUCUUAUGGGUCGGCUUCGUUAUGGGCGAGCUUUCGAAGAAACGCACCUGUAGCGGAAUUGUCAGGUCUCUGGAGGAUUUUCCACCGGGUCUGGAUGUGAUUUAUAGCCGAAUGUUACUUCAAGCCACAGAAAGCUGGCAGAUGGAGAGCGAUGAGAAGAACAUUAUGUCUGACAUCUUGCGUUGGGUUACGAUGGCCGUCCGUCCACUCACGUUACAAGAAUUGACGGUAGCUAUUGCCUUAUCCACUGCAAUCAGUGAUGAGCAAGUCAUUCGGGAUCAGAUCACUUUAUGUGAGCCGAUCCUCAAGAUCGAAGGGCUGAAAGUCAAACUUGUUCAUCAAUCGGUCGGUGACUAUUUACGGUGGGAAAAGCCUGACGAUGACCCAAUACUGGAAAAUUUUCGAAUCAAAGCACCAAAAGCACAUGCUCAAAUAGCAAAAACGUGUCUCAAGUACAUUGAGAACAGCGACUUACGCUACGAGUAUUUGAAUAUUGAAGAUGCAUCAGUUCUGCAGAAAUCGCCACUGUUAAACUACGCAGCACUACACUGGCUAGAACAUGCGGGGUAUUCUUCGAUGUAUGGGAACGAAGAUUAUCAGCUUUCACGGCCUUUCUUCUGCAAAGAAUCACCUGUACGAACACACUGGUGGAAGGCCUACAUAAAUUCCGAGCAGCAAAGGUGCAAUGGAGAGGGGCCAUAG